GGGUCCUCGGUCGCCGACGUCGACACAGCUCUGCAGAGCCGGAGCAAGUAGAUAUUCACGAGGGUCCAGAGCCCUCCGUGGAUAUCCUGCAAACUGAGAACGAGCAUCGCCGAAAGCGCAGACGUCAAGCGUCUAGAAUGAGAUUAGACGGAGAAACCAGUAAUUCGAAUGGAACCUCGAGGCCAUUCUCAAACGGUUCGGGGGCCACCCCGCUCCAUAAAGCUGCGCUCUCAAAUUCAACAAACGGCACACGGGGUUCUUCAGCCUCCAUGAACGGCUUAUCGAAUUCAAAUGGACUUUUCAAUUCAAGUACCAAGAGCAAGCCUACGUAUUUUGGGCACGACCGGGAGGAAGUGACAAGAAUCCUGAUCCAGGCCCUCACGGACCUAGGCUAUAACGGUGCUGCUGCGAGUUUGAGCCAAGAAUCUGGCUAUGAUUUAGAGAGCCCGGCCGUUGCAGCUUUUCGAAAUGCGGUUUUGCAGGGCGAAUGGGACGAAGCAGAGGAUCUGCUAUUUAAUAAACCGAUGGAGGAAGGAGGGGUCAGUAUACGUGGAAAUGGCCUGGUUCUGCAAGAAGGCGUCGACAGUAACGUGAUGCGGUUCUGGUUAAGACAACAAAAGUUCCUGGAGCUCUUGGAGCAACGGGAUACCGGCAGAGCUUUGAUGGUACUCCGACUAGAACUAACCCCUUUAUACCAGGAUAUUGGCAAACUUCACUUUCUCUCGAGCUUACUGAUGUGUCAAUCAGUGGACGAUCUCAAAAGAAAGGCCGAAUGGGAUGGUGCAGGGGGUGAUUCACGGUAUCAUCUUUUAUCUGAGCUCUCAAAAUGCAUUUCGCCUUCAGUUAUGUUGCCAGAACACCGAUUAGCUGUGCUCUUACAGCAGGCGAAGCAGAGCCAGAUAUCAAAGUGCCUGUAUCAUAAUACCGCGACUUCACCCUCGUUAUAUCAGGAUCACACCUGCGAUCGAGACAAUUUUCCAGUGACGCCAUUUGUCGAGCUCAAGAAGCACAGUGGUGAAGUCUGGCAGGUUGUAUUCUCUCAUGAUGGCUCACGCUUGGCGAGUUGUGGCCAUGACGGAACCGUUGUCAUUUAUGAAGUUGGAUCUUUUGAAGUCCUCCACACACUUUCAGAUCAUGACAAGGGCGUUGGUUCACUUUCAUGGAGCCCUGACGAUUCGAUGAUUGUCACAUGUUCUCGGGAUAAUCAUGCCCGGUUAUGGGAUGCUAAUACUGGUGAACUCAAGCGGACCCUAGCCCGUUUUGGAGAGCCUGUAAGCAGUUGUGUGUGGGCGCCUGAUGGACAGACGUUCGUGACUGGCUGUCUUGAUAAAGAUCGCAAUCUUUGCCAGUGGGGCCUGAACGGAGAGCUCAUAUACGACUGGGGUCAGCCCCAUCGAAUACAGGACCUCGCAAUGUCCCCCGAUGGCCAUCGCCUCGUUGCCAUGAACCACGAACAGCUCCUGCACAUUUACAACUUCGUAACACGCGAGCUCGAGUAUGAGAUAGAUCUCAAAUCGAAGUUAGCAUCCGUCGCCAUCAGUCAAGAUUCGAAAUAUCUUCUUAUCAACAAAACCGACGGCGAGGCCCGUAUGUUUGAUUUAGACAGCCGAGAAUUCGUUCGAGUUUUCAACACCGGUGAUCUAUCAAAUGAAUUCAUCAUCAGAUGCACCUUUGGUGGAGCUAACGAGAGCUUCGUCGUGACGGGGAGCAAAGACGGCUACAUCUAUAUCUGGCAUAGAGAAAAUGGAGUUCUUGUCGAGAAGUUAGAUGGGCACGCGAGGGGAUUUUGCAAUUCUGUUUCAUGGAAUCCCAAAAAUCCGUGCAUGUUUGCCUCGGCAGGCGACGACAAAGUAGUUCGGAUAUGGUCCAACGAAGAUCCUCGGUUGAAAUCAUCGUAAGGUUCAAGGCAGUCUGAUGGAUCACAAUGAUUUGAGCCUUGCUGUAACGUAGAACAAGACUGGAUUGCAUCAUCACAUUGGACGGCGAAUCUGGAGAACGACUCAGAGCUGAGGCUGGGA